AAAUAAUUAAUUAACGGUCACCAUAUUUUUGGGAAAGCGGAGCUGACUUAAUAUGAUCGUAUUGGCUCAAUUUCACACAUUUUGGGGUCUAAAAUUACCUUCAUAGCAAUUUUAGGUUCUAAAAGGGCACUAAAAAUAUUAAAGAUAAGAAUAAGAGCAAUGACCAUGCACUUUGGAGGCGUUUGUGGUCUGAAAACAGGACUCAACUAUCCCUUUAAACCCGUACAACAUGUAGUAAAAAAUACUCCCUUGUAAAUAUAAUCACCAACAGAUAGUCAACAGAAUCGGCACCUGAUACAUUAUCAAAUAGCACGCCUUAUAAUCUUCUUGAAUUGCAUAACUUGAAUUGUCAACUCUAAUUUGUGGACACUGAUAAACAACGAGGUCAGCACUAAUACUCCUACUUUUGGCCUGUAUUAUGUAACAAAGCGUUGUGAUAAACGAACUCUUCCAUAGGAUGAUAUGUUUCGUUGGGAACUAGUCAAGCUCUUGCUCUUGGUCAGGAAAAUAUGAAGUUUGACGACAUUUUAAAGAUUGUUGGAGAGUUUGGGCCGUAUCAGAUUAGAGUGUAUAGCCUGGUGUGUAUACUGGUCUUCACCACCUCAUGGGAGAGCCUCAUUACUGUGUUUAUAGGGGCUAAUGUAGAUCACUGGUGUGCGGUUCCUGAGUGGGACUCGAAUGACUGCAGUGCCUAUGGCCUUACCGCCUCCGAAUGCGAACUCUCGAAGAAAAAUGGAAGUAUCCCAUCAAACUACACGUCAGAUGGUGAGCUGGAGUACGCCCAAUGUGAGAAAUAUAACGUGUCAGGGGUGGGAUUCUGGCCGGGGAUGGACCCGUCUAACUACACCGACGGGAGCACCGGCACCAUCCCCUGCGACGCGGGUUGGGAGUACGAUGAUAGCCAGUACAAGUCAACGAUCGUCUCUGAUUUUGAACUUGUGUGUGGGAAUGAGAAUCUGAACCAAAUUUCACAGACAAUUUACUACGGUGGAUUUCUAGCCGGGUCGAUAAUCUUUGGAGUUAUGUCCGAUGUUAUUGGACGCUGGUGGACUCUUCAGAUCUGUACCAUCGUGAGACUAGUGACGGGCGUCCUCAUCGCCUUUGCUCCAGAGUUGUGGGUUUACUCCCUCCUAAGAUUCUUCCAAGGGAUGGCGGGUGUCGCCACAUACAUCAUUCUUUUCAUCUUAGGAACGGAGUACGUGGGGCCGUCCAAAAGAAACAUCGCCGGCAUCCUGUUCUGCGUGCCAUAUUCUUUGGGAUACAUGCUACUAGCAUUAAUCGCUUUCUACUUGCCGUAUUGGAGAACGUUAGAGCUUGUUGUCACUGCACCAGUUAUACCUUUCUUCUUAUUAAUGAUGUUCAUGCCCGAGUCCGCCAGAUGGUUAAUGUCGGUCGGGCAGUACGAAAAGGCGGAGAAAAUCAUAAUAAAAAUUGCGGAGGUUAACAAGGCGACUGCACCAGAUCCAAUUUUUACAGAAGAGUUUAAGAAAAAAGAAACGAUAAAUCGGGAACAGAACAAAGCCACUAUAUUGGAUCUUUUUCGUACUCGGACAGUAUGCCUCCGAACUCUCAACCUUAUCUUCAGUUGGAUGGUCCAUUCAAUGGUGUACAGCGGCUUGUCACUCAACACUUCAAAUCUCGGCGUCAAUGACUACGUCGCGUUCACGAUCUCGGGCGCUGUCGAGAUUCCGGCUUACCUUCUCACGAUCUUCACCGUCGAGUACUUCGGGAGGAAACCGAGUCUCGUCACCUUGGUGCUGUUAGGGGGCGUGGCUUGUUUGACAACUGCUGCCAUUCCCGAGGGUGUAUGGCUAACUACAGUGGCAAUGAUUGGUAAAUUCGGCAUCGCAGGAUCGUUCGGUGUCCUGUAUCUGUACACGGCUGAACUUUAUCCAACAAGCAUUAGGACUGUAGCUGUAGGGACCUGCUCCAUGUUCUCAAGGGUAGCAAACAUGCUGGCACCGCUGAUUCUUACACUGGACAAAUUCUGGGCUCCCAUGCCACUGGUGAUCUACGGCUCCGUGGCUGUCCUGGCCGGGAUCCUGGCCCUCUUCCUCCCCGAGACGCGCGGCCUAACGCUGCCAGAGACCAGGGCGGAGGGAGAAAACUUCGGAAAGAAAAUGGCCGCCGAUGACAUUGCUAAUACUGACAAGAAGGAAAAUGGUAUCCUUAGUGUGAGCAAGGGAGUCGAACUAGAAGGGGUAAACAACACACAAGAAAAGGGUGAUACUGCGGACUACGUCAACCCAUCAUACGUAAUCUAAUGUAACCCUGUGAUUUUCAUGGACUCGCUCGCGACUCACCCGGACCCGUCAUUUUUUUCUGCGGCACAGAUUAGGGCUUUUUUUUUUAAAGAGGUCUUGAUUUAACCCUAACCCUAAACUUUCCCAUAGGCUCAACACGCACCUAACCCCAAUCUGUGCCGCAGAAAAAAAUAACGCCACCCGGACAGGAUUUUAGAUAUUAAGUGAUCAGUCUUUUUCUUCUUCAAAUUGACAACAUUGUUAAAGAAUAUAUAAACUGACA